UUGUGAUGCUUGUCGUACCAGUCAGAGCCCCAUCGUCCGUCAGUGCGUACGUCCGAAAGCUAUGAAGUGGAAUGAAAGUCGGCUCUUGAUGCAUAUUUUGUUGGUGAUUUUCUUCGUUUUUCAACUGUUCAGCUCGUCGAUUUUGGUGUCCUCCCCGGAGGAAACGGUAGUGGAAGAUUUCUUUAUCUGUCGUUCCUGUGGCCAUGACGUCAGCCUGUCGAACUUUCUACUGAACAAACACAGCCCGCUGGCACUCGGUUUCAGCAAUCAGACCUUAUCCACCGGGAAGCAGGUCACCGUGCAGGAGGUCCAGAAUACGCUUGGAAUCCGGUUCAAAAUCGUCAUCGUUCAACAGGCGUACUGUGCCAAAAUAGAAUCGUGGAUAUCGUUGCACUCGUGGUUCCCUGGCUACGCGUGGAAGCUUUGCGUGUGUCCCAAGUGUCGGACGCAUCUGGGGUGGAUGUUUGAGCCCGUCGAAACUGCCACGUACGAUCGUUAUUUCCCGAGCGAGAAGGGAUUCUACGCGCUGAUCUACAACAAUAUCAUAUCGGAAAAAUACGUCAACUCGCUGCUGAUGCGAGAGAAGAUCCUGCGGGAAAACUAAAGCCAAAUCCACCAACACCACUGAUACCAACCAUACAAAAUGGUUGACCCAAAGAGACACAUCAACAUCCUCUCGGAGGAGGAUCAGCUAUUCCUGAACGAGUGCGAGGAGCAGUUCGGGGAUCGCUUCUCGCAAAAUGAUGCGGAUUUCAUGGCGUACUGUGCCCAACCGGUUCGGUCUCCGCCGGUUUUGGAACCCUGGCAGAAUCGCAACUUCCAGGGCGGUUAUGGAGGCGGUGGCGGCGGCGGCGGUGGUGGACGAGGACGCUUCAACAACCAUCGUGGCGGCGGCGGCAGGGGUGGUGGGCGUUACAACCACCACAACCGCAACCAGGACUAUCGCGAUCGGCCGUACCAGCAGCAUGGGGGCCGCUACAACAACAAUAACAACAACAACCGUGGGGGCGGACGGGACAACAAUCGCUACAACUCGGUAGGUAGGAACUACUCGUAAGGCAGCUGUGUACGGAGUGGGGGACGUGGUUCUGAACAACUUUCGUUGAAGGCGAAUUUUCUGUUGUUUUUAACCAACUGCGUGUGAACAAUGUGUAGUUACAUUCUUUUAGAACAAUUUCGAAAGAUUGUAAAUAAAGGCUGUAAAUAAAAAAACACGAAGUGAA